AGGUGACGCUCAGUCUGAGGAGGAGAAGCCGUCAUCACGUCCUGUUUCUCUGCUGCUGCUGCUGCUGGCGACAACACACACACACACAGCGGUUUUCCCUGCAUUUCUAUUUUUUAAAACUAAGGAUUUACUCGUGUUUCUUCGCCUUUCUUCGUUUAUUGUCGUCGAAGCGACACGAUGAGAGAUGUUCACGUGGACAACGAGACGCUGUGCAGCGCAGGUUCACUGUUGACUGUGUGGUGUGGCUCCCACUCUGCUGUGUGUGUGAUCACUGGAGACAAAACACACGACAACACACACCUGAACGAUAGCAACAACACAACAGUGUGUGUGUCUCCAGGCUCUCCUUAUAACCACUGGCUGGGUUUGACUCUGGCUCUACUCUCAGCCGUCCUCAUUGGUUCCAGCGUCAUUCUGAAGAAGAAAGCUCUGCUACGAUUGGCCGACGCCGGUCACACCAGAGCAGGUCAUGGAGGUCAUGGUUAUCUGAAGGACUGGUUGUGGUGGGGAGGCCUGUUAACCAUGGGAGCAGGUGAAGUGUGUAACUUUGUGGCGUACAUGUUUGCUCCGGCGACGCUGGUCACGCCUCUGGGCGCUCUGAGCGUGCUCAUCAGUGCAGUUCUCUCCUCCUACCUGUUGGGGGAGGUGUUGAACGUGAUUGGGAAGUUCGGCUGUCUGCUGUGCGUGCUGGGAAGCGUCCUGCUGGUCCUCCACGCUCCGGAGGAACAGGAAGUGACAUCGCUACAGGAUAUGACCGGCAAGCUGCUCAAGCCUGGGUUCCUGGUGUACGUCUCUGCAGUCUUGUUGCUCUGUCUCGUGCUCGUCUUGUAUUUCUCUCCACGUUACGGUCAGUCAAACAUCCUGGUCUACAUCGGCGUGUGCUCGCUGCUCGGCGCCUUCACCGUGUCCUCGGUGAAAGGCCUCGCCAUCGUCAUCAACACAGUGGUUUAUGACAUUUCAGUGCUCGCUCACCCUCUCUCGUGGAUCCUGCUUGUGAGUCUCGUUGUCUCCAUAGUAACCCAGGUGAACUACCUGAACAAGUCUCUGGACUCCUUCAACACUCUGCUGGUUUAUCCGAUCUACUACGUCCUCUUCACGUCCGUCGUCCUCUCCACCUCCAUCAUCCUCUUCCAGGAGUGGAGGAGCAUGGUGGCCGUGGAUGUGGUCACCACGCUCGGAGCCUUCUUGGUCAUCGUGGUGGGCGUGGCCAUGCUCCACCUCUUCAGGGAGCUACAGAUGACGAUGAAGCAGCUGACCAAUCAGCUGUCUCAGCCAGUGGAGAGGGAGGGGCUUGCAGAGGAGGCAUUGCCCCAUGAAGGAGAAGGGGGAAGAAGAAGAGAAGGAGGGAGGAGCAAAAAAGAGGACAAAUACGGACUGAUGGACAACAUGGUGAUCGAGAGUCUUCCUCCGAUGAGAGAGGACGGACCGAGGGUCUUCAUCAUCAGCUGAGACGGACGGACGGACGGAGACGCAGGUUUGAGGUCGACCACAUUUCAAAUUUGCCUGAAAAUCUGAAGCGAAACAAAUGUCAAAAAUCCACAUGGAGACUUGUGUCCAACAUCUGAAACACAUCAAUAAAACAUCAGCUCCUGAGACACGACGACAAAUUAUUACCGACACGUACGCAAGUCCACAACGACAGAGAGACACAAGGACUCGUCUUUUGUCUCUUUGACUGAAGUAUUACAGGGACAAAAAACUUUUUCACUGAAACUUGAUCAAAUAUUUUGGGGUUUUUUGUUCAAAGGAAAAUGAGGAGAAAUGUUUCAAACAAAGUUUUAUUUCAAUAAACAACUCAAUAUUUAUUUCCUCUGCUUUAAAUAUAAAUCUGUAUACAUGUUUUUUUAUUAUGAUUCUAUCACAUUAUAGAUUGUGCAUUUACUGAUAUUUACAUGAACAUUAAAGUUAUUCAAAAAUAA